AUGUUUUGCAAGCACCUCCAAGUUUUUCUAAGAGAAACCAUAUGUGGAGGCUUUGCUUGGGGAUUUCAUGAAGGAGUUAAGAAGCAGAACCAAUUUAUUGGAGAGCACAUAAGGAAUCUGACGGAAACUAGACAUAGGAGAGGUACAACCGACGACGAUAUCAUUGCAGUUAGCAGAUCGUUCCCUCACUUAUCCCGUGGUGUAGUAGAGGAUGUUCUUGUUAAAGUCGGUGAUUUCAUCUUCCCAGUAGAUUUUGUGGUCUUAGAUAUGGAAGAAGACUUUGAAAUUCCCAUCAUCCUUGGAAGGCCAUUCCUAGCCAUAGGCAGAGCAUUGAUUGAUGUAUAUGAUGGCAAGGUUACACUUUGGGUGAAUGAUGAGGAGAUGAAGUUCAACAUUUUUGUUCUUUCAAGCCUGAGGAUGUGUGAACACUUUCUUUUUCCCGCCAUUUCAAGCCUUUGCUCUCUCUUUCAAUCACACUUCUUUCUCUUUGUCCAUACCCUCAAAUUUCCAUCACAGAAUCUUAAGAAAUUGGUUACCGAACAGGACUGUCCUCAUUUGCUCUUCUAUGGCCCCUCCGGUUCCGGAAAGAAAACCCUAGUCAUGGCCCUCAUCUGGCAGAUGUUCGGAGCCAGUGCGGAGGAAGUGAAGGUGGAGAACAAAACGUGGAAAGUUGAUGCUGAAACUAGAACUAUCGAUAUAGAGUUGACCACCUUAUCAAGUACAAACCACGUGGAGCUCACUCCCAGCGAUGCAGGUUUCCAAGAUAGAUAUAUUAUUCAAGAGAUUAUCAAAGAAAUAGCAAAAAACAGACAAAUUGACUCCAAAGGGAAAAAGGGGCAUAAAGUUUUGGUUCUAAAUGACAUUGACAAACUAUCAAGGGAAGCCCAACACUCUCAUAGGAGAACAAUGGAGAAAUAUAGCUCAUAUUGUAGGUUAAUUCUUUGCUGCAAUAGUUCAUCAAAAGUUACUGAAGCAAUCCGUUCUCGCUGCCUAAAUGUGCGGAUAAAUGGACCAACAGAGGAGCAGAUUCUCAAGGUACUGGAGUUCAUUGGGAAGAAAGAAAGACUGCAACUUCCAUCUAGAUUUGCUUCCCGUAUUGUAGACAAAUCAAACCGGAGUUUGAGGAGAGCUAUACUAUCAUUUGAGACUUGUCGUGUUCAACAGUAUCCUUUUGUCAGUAACCAGGCAAUACCACCAAUGGAUUGGGAGGAGUACAUCAUUGAGAUAGCAUCUGACAUAUUGAAGGAGCAGAGUCCCAAGAGAUUGUUCCAGGUUCGCGGGAAUUUAUACGAGCUACUGGUUAAUUGUAUCCCACCGGAGAUUAUAUUGAAGAGGCUGCUUUAUGAGCUACUCGAGAAAUUGGAUGCUGAACUAAAGCAUGAGAUCUGUCAUUGGGCCGCAUAUUAUGAACACAGGAUGCACCUUGGACAGAAAGCCAUCUUCCACAUUGAAGCUUUUGUGGCAAAGUUCAUGAGCAUAUACAAGACUUUCCUCAUUUCAACAUUCGGCUAAAGAGAAGAAAAGUAGACCUUGAAGUUAGGCUGUUUCAGUUCAUUCAAGAAAACCAAUUGUAAGUUAAUAGAUUUGGUGCGACGUUGAAUCAAGUCAAUCUGGUGUAUUUAUCAUAUCUUCUUCGAUCAGUUUUGUAUGGCACUCUAGUU